UCGAAUGUUGGUCAGAAUUUAUCGAACUGUUGUUCAUUUAGGAUAAACUUUAGGGUUUCGUAUUAUUGUAAUGAAAUUUAAUUAAGACAUGGUGAAGAUGGAAAAAGACGAAGCUGCUGGAGAUUACAAUGGAUCUGUAGAUGAAGGAAUGAGAACUCUUAAUUUGUCCGGCCAUGUUGGUUUUGAUAGCUUACCUGAUCAACUCGUCAAUAAAGCAACAAAUCAAGGUUUCUGCUUUAAUAUUUUGUGCAUUGGUGAAACAGGGUUGGGUAAAUCAACCCUUAUGAAUACUCUGUUCAAUACCAAUUUUGAGAAUGAACCACAACACCAUAACAUGCCAGGUGUUAAACUAAAGGCAAAUACAUAUGAGCUGCAAGAAAGCAACGUUCGGCUUAAGCUUACUAUAGUAGAUUCUGUGGGCUUUGGUGAUCAAAUUAACAAAGAAGAAAGUUUCAAGCCUGUUGUUGAGUAUAUCAACCAGCAGUUUGAAAAUUACCUACAGGAAGAGCUAAAAAUUUGCAGGUCACUGUUCAGUUAUCAUGACACAAGAAUUCAUGCUUGUCUCUAUUUCAUUUCACCAACUGGACAUGGCCUCAAAUCUUUGGAUCUCAAGACAAUGAAAAAUUUAGACAACAAAGUGAAUAUUAUACCAGUGAUUGCCAAAGCUGAUAUAGUUUCAAAAGGUGAACUACACAAGUUUAAAAUUAAAAUCAUGAAUGAACUUGUCACAAAUGGAGUGCAGAUCUAUCAGUUUCCCACUGAUGAUGAAACUGUAGCUGAGGUGAAUGCAUCAAUGAAUACUCAUCUACCAUUCGCUGUGGUAGGCAGCACAGAAGAAAUUAAACUGGGCAACAAAAUGGUCAAAGCGCGACAGUAUCCAUGGGGUACAGUACAAGUGGAAAAUGAAAACCAUUGUGACUUUGUAAAGUUGCGUGAAAUGCUGGUCCGUGUAAAUAUGGAAGAUUUGAGGGAAAAAACUCACACAAAGCACUAUGAGCUGUACAGAAGAUCCAAGCUAACUGAGAUGGGUUUCAUAGAUGAUAAUGAUGGUGGGAAAAAUUUCAGUUUACAGGAAGUUUAUGAAUCAAAGAGAAAUGAUCACUUGAAUGAAUUGCAACGGAAAGAAGAUGAAAUGAGGCAAAUGUUUGUUUUAAGAGUGAAAGACAAAGAAGGGGAGCUGAAAAAAUCUGAGAAAGAGUUGCAUGACAAGUUUGACAAGCUCAAAAAGAUGCACAUGGAAGAAAAGAAAAAAUUAGAAGAGAAAAAGAAAAGCUUACAAGAUGAGAUAACUGGAUUUGAAAAGAAAAGACAACAAGCUGAAACUCUCGGAAAAGAGCAUUUGGCAAUGAGCCAAAACAAAACUGGAAAGAAAAAAUAAACAAAAAUUAAUGAGCCGCUGGCAGAGUAUGACAGCUGCAUAUGAUAUUAAAAUUGUUGGCAUACAAAUUACAAUAUACAAACCAUAAUUUGUUAUCACCAAAUCUCUAUCAGAAUAUAAAUAAAAACUUAUUUUUCGUUGGAGUAUAUUUUGCAAGCUGAUGUUAUAUAUUAAUGGAUGAGAUAUUGUCAAGCACUGUCACCUGUCAAGGCUGUCAUAUUCUGCAGACUGCCAACUAAGUAAUGUUACUUUAGCUUGAUUUGUGCAGUAAUAUCAGUAAUAUUCAACCAUAUUCCAAACAUAUUGCCAUUACAUUGUAUAUCUAUAACAUAAUAUAUGUAUGUAUUAUACACUAUAUUCAAAGAGUAUGCAGCAUAACAUUAGCAAUGCUGCAUUCCAUAUUUUUAAACUCAAUACCCCACUAAUCCUGCUAUGUGUAUUUAUAAAUGUUAACUAGUUGAUUCAAAUUGUUUCAGAGUUAAAAAAUAGUGCUUCUCAACCCCUGCCCGGUGACCCAAAAGGCAAAAGCUUCUUACUACAGUAGUCACCUACUAAUCUGUUCACAAAUCUGUUAUAGUAUAAAUUAAAUCAUUUUCAUUAUGCCCUUACAACAGUUAAUUUUAAAAGUUGUCUCAAUAACAUUUAUAUUUGGUUCGUGCAAAGUGGUUGAGAAGUACUGUGCCAAAACAAUGUUAUGUAAUGCAAUGUGUAUACAUAAAUAUAAUAUUUAAUCGCUGCGGAAAAAUGUUGUAACAUAUUAAUAUAACAUUCCAUAGUUUAGCUGGUCUUCUAUUCCAAAUUGGUAAAGUCCUACAGUAUGCAAAGUCAACGAAUGUGUGUAGGCCAGAUUUGGCCUUAUUUAUUCUUUGAAGGCGGAAUUUUAUAAAUAUGAAAAGUAGUGACUGAAAAUGUACUUGCAUAUCUAUCACCACUAUUGUAAUCUGCUCAGUAAAUAGCGUUAUGCUUCCAAUACUUUUUUAUUGCAUGGUUCAUACAAGAUGUUUUGCAUGGUGAUAUUCAAGUUAAAAAAUGACAAAAAUGUAUGUAUGCAACUAUUUACUUUGCAAAACUUCCUAUUUCUAUAACCUUGCCAAUUAACAUGAGUAUUUUUGCUCAUUUUUAAAAAUGAUUACCCUUCAAUUUUUGUCAAUGCCCGUGUUUAAUAUUUUGUGUCACAUUGUCAUAUACAUUCAUGUUUGUUUACUGAGUUUGGUAUAACCAAGUGCAUUGUUUCAUUAAACAGAUUAACAACCAAAAAA